GUGGCGGCGUGCCACGCGAGACUCCGGUCGAUCCUGGGUUCACAUGCAUGAAAAGACGCCUAAACAGAGCAGAUAUACAAAUAUACAAAACAAGGAAACGGAUUUCAAGAAAAGACGCCUAAACAGACGGCAUCUAUCACCAUUCUUAUUCCUCGCCUAAUUCGUUAUCCCAUUAUAUUCCUUCUGAAGUAUAUCUAACUUGUUCGAUCUUUAACGGAAACAUCCAUUUCUUCCCUUCAAGCUAGAGAAUAUCCUUUGCUUCUUCUUCAGGUUUCUUCUUGACACUGAAAUUUUUGUGCGCAAGAAGGCCAUAAAUCAAGUUGGUUGUACCGUCAAGAUUGUAUUAGUUAUGCAAUCACAAUGAUUAUGUAUGACCAAGAUCCUGAUGUUGUUCGAUGGGGUCUCCAUACCCUAGUAGAUGUUUGUGCACUUCCUAGUUCUGGUCCAUCUAACAGUAUUACUCAGUAUGGAGUAGAUGAAUGUCAAGUGGGGUAUGUUGUAGAAGGUUAUAAUGAAGCAGGGAAUGCAAAUAAUGUAGAGAAUGAUGCAGUUAUUGCAUGUGCUCUUCAAGAGGAACUUUCUCGGGUUGCUGCUGCAGAAGCUUCUGGGCUUCAUAAUCCUGGACAAGAAUCAAUUCUUGUGCAGGAUUGGCUUGCCUCUCCUGGAAGAUGCAAUGGUUCUGAGCACCAGAAUGAUGAUCACAGAAAAAACAAGAUUGAUGCUGAUGAGCGCAGCAAAAAGGAGGCAGAUGAUUUUAGCAAAUAUAGAAGUGAAGAAUGUGAUACCAUCCCGAAUUCUUUUUCAUCUCCUAACAGUGGAGAUGAAUCCUUUCAUAUGGAAGAUGUGUCACAUUCCUUGGAGAUAGCAGAUGAGUCUACUCUUGAUGGUGAAGUGGGCAAGAGACUAAAUCAGAUGGUUCCUAUUCCUCACGUCCCUAAAAUUAAUGGAGAAUUGCCAUCAGAAGAUGAAGAGAUUUCAGAUCAUCAAAGGCUGUUAGACAGGUUGAAGGUAUAUGAUUUGGUUGAGAGUAAGGUCCAAGGAGAUGGAAACUGUCAGUUCCAAAUUUCCCAGUUUCGUGCCUUAUCAGACCAACUUUAUCGUUCUGCUGAGCACCACAAAGUUGUAAGGGAACGAAUUAUUUUUCAGCUCAAGUCUUACCCCCAGAAGUAUGAAGGUUAUGUUCCUAUGGCAUAUAGUGACUACUUGAAGAAAAUGAGCAGGACCGGUGAAUGGGGAGAUCAUGUCACAUUGCAAGCUGCUGCAGACACGCUGUUAUGGCAUAUACAGGCUGUUUAGAUAACAUGACUUCCUGCACUACAAAAUGGCUGCUGGAUGCCUUUUUUAAGCCAUUACUCAUUGAAAAUAGAAGAACAAGAAUGGAGUGGAAAAAGAGAUGAACGAUAUAGAGGUGGUGUAUGUGUUAAGUGAUCUCAUUUUACUUUCUUUUUGAAGCCUAAUUUUUCUCUUGGUUCCUUUUGAAAUGGGCUUCUUUAAGCUGUUUGCGCUAAUAAUGAAUAUUAAGCCUGCCCUAUAUUAGUCAAAUAGGCUAAUAACAUAAAGUUAAGUGGUGGAGGUGCUGCAAUACUCGGUGGAAAGCUUUUUUCAUUCUGUCUUUGCCCUUUCUUAUCUUACUGCUUGAAAGCUUACUCUUCUUCAUUAGUUCAUUCGAGGGUCUGAUCAGAGCUUCUCAAACAAUGUUUCUUCAAUCAAUUCUCCAUCUGUAGAUACGAUACCUUCUAUGAUUAUUUUUUAUUUUUUGGUCACUUUAGCUUAUUUUGUUACUUAAAGUUAUAGUGCAAGUUCCUCUAGAUGUACUCAUUUAUUUGAUUACAUGUUCUUGCCUCCCAUUUUAUAAGCAAUUCUAGAUAGAAAGGAAUAGUGUUGAUAAUCAAUGGUUGGGGUAUAUGUAUAUUUCAUUAUAUGUCAUGUUCUGAUUAUUAUCAAUUAAAGGGUUGUUUUGGUUUAGCUAGAUGUUAAACUCCAGCUUAUAAGUAUUUGAACCCUAAUAGCUAGGCCAAUGAUACAAGCAUCUCUAUUUCCAUCAACAUAUAACUAAUAGAAAACUUCUAAUAGUUGACCAGCUUGUCUUAACUUUAAUUUAUUAAUACAAAUUUGUUCUUGUUUGUGUGUGUGCACAUGCGCACGUGUAUAUCUAUAUAUAUAUAUAUAUAUAUAACACUAUUUAAAAUUAAAGUCCAAUAUUAGAAUUUAUAUAUGAAUUGGCUACACGCUGUUGACUAUUGGCCGCGAACCAUCAAUUACUAGCUACCAAUUAUUUGCAUUAAUAGUCAACUGCUACUGACAGCUAAACUAAAUGAGGCCUAAAUAAAUAGUUUGGUCCAAGAAUACAUACAUACAUACAUACAUACAUACAUAUAUGUAUAUAUAUGUAUGUUUUUCCUUCUAUCCCUAGAAAGUUGAUUUAGUAUUUCAAUUUCCUUAUACUAAAAGUAAUAUACAAAUUUGGCUCUUGAGGUUUUCCAUUUUGCUCACUACUGGAAGAAAUUUUUGUCCAAGAUGCAUGUUUCAAAUCAAUGCUUUGAUGCAUUCAUCAAUUAGAUAUCUGACCUUCCGGCUAAAAUGUACUUCAAUAUAGUUCAAGUGUUCUUUAUUCUGGUAUGACUCUUAACUGAAGGAGAUAAAAUAAAGAGAGAUUAAGUCUCUAUUUGUUUGCAGAAAAUAAUUUGUAUUUAGAAAAUAUUUUUAAAGAAAAUAUUUUCAGUGUUUUUCAUGAAAAAUAUUUUACAACAAAAUAACUUAUUUUCCAUUUCUUGGUUAUAAUGGUGGUUUUAAAUAAUGGCCAUUACAUUAUGUAAUGGCCAUUAUUUCAAGGUUUUCAAAGGAGUUGUGGCUGUUAAAGCUGUUGUUUCAUUGUAUCAGUAAUUGCCGCUGCGGCCGUUAGAUAAUGGUAGUAUCCAUUGCUGGCCGUGACUUAAUGGCCAUAGCAGCUGUUACCUUCAUUUGAUGGGUAGAAAUCUUUAGAAUUGCUUUAGGAGACGGCUUGCAUAUAGCGUAUGAAUUAUUGAAGGUAGAAGACUAUUUUUUCUGUAUAUUUUUGAAACCUUACACUUACCUCCCAAGCCACAAUUUACCCUUUUUUUAUUUCCAUGAAGUUUCUCUAAGUUCUCUCUCAAUUAAAGACUCUUCAAGUGCUAUUAAUAAACUUCUCUACAAAAUCUUGUGUUGAAGAGCUCAAAUCAUCCAAGAUACUAAGUGAUUUUGGAGUGCUAUUAAGUAAAAGAUUAGUUCUUACUAUUUUUCAAUAAUUUUUAGAUAUUUUUUUAUCAUUUUUUAGUGAAUUCAUAAAUAAAAAUAAUUGAAAGUUAGAAUGUUAGAUAACUUAGAUUAGAAACUUAAAAGUUUUUAUUAUGUUUUCAACAGUUUUUAGAUAUUUUUGAAUCAUUUUAGUGAAUGCAUAAAUAAAAAUAAUUAGAAAUUAGAAUGUUAGAUUAGAAAUGCAGAACUUUAGAAGUUUAGAGAUAUAACCUAAUAUUACUACUGCUAAUUAUUAAAUAAAUGAUAACUAAAUAUUAAGUAUAAAAUAUAAAUAUAGAAUUACGAGAUUAAAAUUUUUUGAAGAAUUCAUAGUAAAUAUAUCGGAAAAUGUGGAAAAUAUUUUCUAUAAAACAAAGGGAGCCUAAAAAUAUAAAAUGUUUCUUUCUUAUCCGAAACAUAGAGUACUUAACAUGAAACUAUGCAAUUCACGAUGCAAUAAUUUUAUUUCCUUUUCUGAAAAGAUUACUAAUGCAUGUCAUCAUAAUUGCAGUAUGGUGUGAAGAUAUUUGUAGUGACUUCAUUUAAGGAUACAUGUUACAUUGAGAUCCUUCCGCAAAUUAAGAUGUCCGAGAGAGGUGAGUUUUUAAAGCUUUUUGCUUUCUGUUUUGAAGCUGUGGUAGCACAAAGUCUUAUG